AUGUUUUGGGGGGAUUUUUGGCCUGGGCCUGCGGCAGAAGGGGCGAGACCUGCCCGCGGCAGCCGGGGCAGGCAGGACCCGGUUUCCCCCGCGCCGCCCGGGCCCGGUGCCGCUGGCGGCGGCUGCGCCGGUGGCCGUGGCGGUGGCGAUGCGCUGCCGGGGCCCGGCGCCGGGGGGCGGGGGCCGGGGGCGGCGGCGCUCCCCGCCCAGCCGCCGCAGCCGCGGGCCGGGCGCGGGGGGCGCAGCGGAGCGGCGGCGGCGCGCAGGGCCAUGUCGGCGCCGUGCCUGCGCCUGCCCGCCGCCGGGUCAGCACCGGCGGAGGCGGACAGCGCCGGCGGCAUGGAGCCGCCCGGGGCCGCCGCCCUGGAGCUGGCCCUGGAGGAGGAGCUGGCGCUGCUGGCCGCCGCCGGGGAGCCGCCGGAGCCGCCGCCCGCCGCCGCCGCCCGCGACCCCGAGCUGCUCUCGCUGAUCCGGCAGAAGGAGAAGGACCUGGUGCUGGCGGCGCGGCUGGGCAAGGCGCUGCUGGAGCGCAACCAGGACAUGAGCCGGCAGUACGAGAGGAUGCACAAGGAGCUCACCGACAAGCUGGAGCACCUGGAACAGGAGAAGCACGAGCUGCGGCGGCGAUUUGAGAACAAGGAGGGAGAGUGGGAAGGAAGGGUGUCUGAGCUGGAGAGCGACGUGAAGCAGCUGCAGGACGAGCUGGAGAAGCAGCAGGUCCACCUGCGCGAAGCCGACCGCGAGAAGACGCGCGCUGUCCAGGAACUCUCCGAGCAGAACCAAAGACUCCUGGACCAGCUCAGCAGGGCGUCGGAGGUGGAGCGGCAGCUCUCCCUGCAGGUCCACACCCUCCGCGAGGACUUCAGGGAGAAGAAUUCCUCCAGCAGCCAGCACAUCGUGCGCCUGGAGAGCCUCCAGGCCGAGCAAGUCCUUGAAAUCAAAAUGCUGACGGACAGGAAGCGGGAGCUGGAGCAUCGCCUCAGUGCCAUGAUGGAGGAGAACGACCUGCUCCAGGGAACCGUGGAGGAGCUGCAGGACCGCGUCCUCAUCCUGGAGAGACAAAGCCAUGACAAGGACCUGCAGCUGCACCAAAGCCAGCUGGAGCUCCAGGAGGUGAGGCUGUCCUACCGGCAGCUGCAGGGCAAGGUGGAGGAGCUCAGCGAGGAGAAAAGUCUCCAAAACCUCAACACAACCAGCACAUCCCUGCUCUCUGAGAUAGAGCAGAGCAUGGAGGCAGAGGAGCUGGAGCAAGAACGAGAACAGCUGAGGCUGCAGCUCUGGGAGGCCUACUGCCAAGUGCGGUACCUGUGCUCCCACCUGCGGGGCAACGACAGCGCCGACUCGGCCGUGUCCACCGACUCCUCCAUGGACGAGUCCUCAGAAACCUCCUCAGCCAAAGACGUGCCGGCCGGGAGCCUGCGCGCCGCCCUCAGCGAGCUCAAGAGGCUCAUACAGAACGUGCUGGACGGGGCAGACUCCACGGUGACGCUGCUGAGUGUGGAGAUGACGACGCUGAGGGAGGAGCGGGACCGGCUGCGCGGCGCUGCCGAGGACAAGGAGGCGAGCGAGCGGCUCCUGCAGGCCAUCAGGGACCGCGACGAGGCCAUCGCCAAGAAGAACGCGGUGGAGGUGGAGCUGACCAAGUGCAAGAUUGACAUGAUGUCCCUCAACAGCCAGCUCCUGGAUGCCAUCCAGCAGAAGGUGAACCUCUCACAGCAGCUGGAGGCCUGGCAGGAUGACAUGCACAGGGUCAUUGACCAGCAGCUGAUGGACAAACACCCGAAGGAAUGGAGCCAGCUUGCUUAUUCCUUCUCCAGUGGCAGCAGGCGGGGCGCCAGGCCCUGCCCCGCGCCCAGGCCGGAGCAGCAGGGCGACGAGCCCGAGGGGAACCGGCUCUUCUCCUUUUUCAAGAAAAAUUAAUUGGAAAAAGAGAAAACUCUCCAACAAUUCCUGCGUCAAGAUGGGGAGUGGGGCAGCUGCCCAGCUUGCUGAUGGACCCAAGUCUGAUCCGCUGAGUAAAAAAAGAAGGGGGCAAAGGAGUUAACCCUUGAGACUCUGCACUAUUUACACCGCACCUGGUCUGAACCAAAUGUUUACAUGAAUUGGAGAUUUGCAAAUUGACAAUGUGAUUCUAGUAGAAAGAAAUUUUUCUUAUUCUAUACGUGAAGUGAUAAACUUCAGGGUAUACUUUAGGAGCUUUGACACAGUCCAGUUUCUGCUGUGAAGAAUUCUCUGAUUGUCUUAAAAGCGUUCUUAUGCUGGAGAAGGAAAUAAGCAGCCCCAAGACAGAGUGGUGCAGGGGAUUGAGAACUUCUGUCACAGUGAGCAGAAGGGGAAGAAGAGAGCUGAAUGCAAGAGGAGGACAGAAGGGAGCCAUUUGUAUCACCCUGGCAGCUGUGACAGCCUUCAUCCAUCCCACUGAGACUGGAGUCACUCUGGCCCCAGCAAUACCACGUUUUGACAAAUGUAGCUUUCUCCGUGGUGGAAGCUGAGCCCUCUCUGCAGCUCCUGCCUGGCCACCAUCUCCCCUGGAGCUCUGCGUGGCCCUUCACCCUCGCUGGCAUCCAGGCUCCUCGAGCUCAGGGCAGGUGCUGUCACUGUCCACCCCAGCUCCCUCCUGUUACUGAGGUAAGAGUUGCAGGCUGUAGCUACACAGAUUUCUCCCCAGGAGACUGACCAUCUGCAACAGAUUACAGACUGGAUAAAAGUUGUGCAUGUUCAGUCCUGGGGCACCUGCUGUUCCUCCAACGGCCAAAAGUAGUUUGGGAGCUUCAGCAAGUCACACACCUUUCCCCAAAGCCAUACACAUCUCCCAGAGUAAGAAAACUGUCAUUUUAACUGGAUAGGCCCCCAAAAGCCUAACUAAUAAUUCACUGAAAGCCUACUCCCAUUGAUGUCAGUCAGUCUUUGACACUGGGUUGGCAGACUCCAUCCUCAGAAAGCACACUGGCAUCUGCCUUCACUGAAGCCAAAGGCUAUCAGGGUGUCUACAAAGCUCUGGAAAGCCUGCAGGUUACUCUCCCUAUGCAGUAACACUGGCUGUGGCCUGACAGAAAGGAGUGUUUGUCCCUGCCUGUGGGUCACUGGCUACUGAGCCCUUUGGUGAGCAGCUCCAGAAAGGUCCUUUUGAUCAAAAAUAACCAGAUUUGAUCAACAAGAAGGAACGUGGCUUUUUUGGUGUAUGCACACAGCAGUGCUGGAAAUCCUGCAAUACUUCAGAAGGGACCUGCCCUCUGCACUGGAUGGGCACUGCACAGCUCUGCCAUCAUAAGCCAGUGAGGAGCAACAGGUCAGUUCAGAGGUGUCCUGCUGCUGUCAUGCAGUUUUCACACAUUCUCCCAGCUCAUGAUACCCACAGGCAGGCCCCAGUUUGUUUCCUGCUGCUUUCAAAAGGCCACCACCUACACUGUCCCACAGCAGACAGAGCUGGCUGCACCUUCAGCUCUGCCCUGCUCAGCAACUCCGGUGCUAACACACCAUCCCCAGGGAGCUGCUCUCUGCUCACUGCUCACAGAACAGGCACCAAACUCCUUCAAAGCAGCAGGUGAGAGGCUGGUGGCCUGGGUUUUAGUGUUGUUCAGCUUCCCUGUGGGAUAGCACAUCCAUAAUACCUCAGUACAAAUAUCCUUUCUGCCUAUGAAGAUUUGAGCAUUCCUGUAUUUCCUUGUUACAUUCCUGUAUUUCCUUGAAACCACCGCCAUGGUAUGAAACCAUCUUGCACUGAGGCAGCUCUGGGCUGCAAGGAGCAGAGUGCUCUGAGACUGGCAAUGAUAGUAAAGUUAAAAGAUAAAAGUUAAAAGAUAGUAAAGUGGUAAAACCCAUCCACAUGAAAGCAAUGAACCCUGGAUUGCAGAGCUUCCUCCAGGAAAUACUUGGGCAAAGUCCCACCAAUACAGCUUGAUGCUUUUGGGGAAAGGCAUCAGGAGCCUCACAGGCAGGGGAGGAAACUGAACCUUGGCCUCUCCUUCCUAGGCAAUGCUCAGCUGUUGAGUAUCUGCUUGUAGCCACUUGUGCAAGCGAGGGGAAGGGCUGCAGUGCAGUGCCACAUGCUCAGCCCUCCUCCUCCAUCCUGCCUCUGCUGUGACUGCACAGGGCAGGGACACUGCUCAGCAUCUGCUGUGCCAGGACUCAGUCACACCCACAUGCAUCACCCCAGCCUUGGAGUCCUGCAAAAUGAGGAGUGGCUGCAUGGAUGCCAGUGACACCCGUGGCACAGUGACACCCGUGGCACAGUGACAUCCAUGACACAGUGACACUGGUGACACAGUGACACCGGUGAGCACUGAGGACGAUGCUCUAUCACAGGAGAGCCACGGGAACAUCUUGGUCCUCAGGGACCUUUCUUCUGCUGCCAGUUGUCAUUUCCCAGACCCCACCAACUCUCUUCAAGCCACAUGCCCAGCAGUUGUGUGGGAACCUACCCCAGCGAGGAUGGAUGGAUGGAUGGAUGGAUGGAUGGAUGGAUGGAUGGAUGGAUGGAUGGAUGGAUGGAUGGAUGCAACCCUAAGGCAUGGGCCUUAAGUUACCCCAUGAAGAUGCAGUAAGGAGAUGAAGAAAGGUGCCUUCUGCUACGUUUGCUGAGGAAAGUGACUCAGUCAGUUGCAGGGGUAGGUACAGCACAUCUCUUCAUUUAAUGAGAAUCCUUAAUCCCAUUGCAAUUUUAUUUAUUUAACAAGAGUGACAGAAGAGAAUGCAAGAGGAAAGUCUGCAUGUUCUAAGGUGCCAGUUGGGUAUGGUUUCUUCAAACAAGCCCCUUCACUAAAGACUUAGUUGCACUACUGAACCCAGAGAUACAAGAGAACUGGGUGUAAUGAACUGGACAACACACCAAAGGAGACCUCCUUGUGCUGAGCUGCUACUCCACAGGAACAGAAACUGCCUUAACACAGCAGCUAGGUUUUGUCUUCUGUCUUGAAAAACCUCACCUGUGCAGUCCUGCACACCCAUUUGUCACGUUGUGUUUUAACAAGGUCCCAGCUGCUUCACUCUGUGCUGUCACUAACACCCUCACCUCCAUCCUGUCACAGCCAGGAGCCUGGAAUCAGCCUUGCAGUGCUGGCUGGGAGACACUUCCCUUGUGGCACUUGACUCUUCCAGGACACACCCAGGGUGUAAAGGAAACAUCAGCUCCAGGAGAUGAGAUGGAGGAAGCACAUUAAUCCAGCAGGCACUCAGGAUCCCAGAGGAGGUUUAAUGAGUGGGAUCAGCAGCUCUGAACACAACCCUCAGCCUUGCUUUUGAGAUAAUGGUAAAUAAAACAGUAGUGCUGCACACUGUUCAAAUAUUGCACAGAGAAGAGAUGCCUGCUGAGAUUAAGGUUACAAAGGACUUUCCCACAGGUAACAAGUGACUGGGCAAAUGUUUGUUAUGCCAGCCUGAGGGAAAAGGGAUCAGUCUCCCCUUCCUAAACUCUGCAAGGGAAGCAACCGUAAACAAGGAACAAAUGUAAAUGAAAGGCAAGUCACUAGCACUUUAUCUUAAUACAAACUUGGAUCAGCAGCUUGCUGUGGAGAUGAACAGUAAAUCAAAAAGUUACUGACAACAGAGUGAUUUUGCAGAGCGAGCAGGAAGUGAGGCUGCAGGCAGGGCCACAUGCACUUGUCCUACUUAGAAUGGUAGAUUCCAGCUAUGCCUCUCCAUCAGGCAAACUCUCUACUCCCCACUCAGCUAUAAAAAGCAAGAAUGUUUGAACCAAAAAGCCAAGAAAGGAAGUGUCUGGGUGCUGCAGCAAUGAUUCCCUUGGAUUGAGAGGGAAAAAGCACACAGCAGGGACAAGCAGAAAGAAUGUACCUAUAGAUAUGUACAUAUACCACAGUGCUGUAAUUUUUGUAUGUAGCAGUCAUGUAAAUAAAUGUAUGGUUUUUAUAAGAUACAUAUUAUAAAAAUCUAUAAAGGCAUAUUUUUAGUAAAAACAAUGCUCUACUUCUUUUGUAAAUAGUUCUCUUCAGAAUAAAACAUCAUUUAUACGA